AUGGCCUCCGCGCCCACUAAUCAGCAGAAUCUGGCCGGCUUGCCUGCCCAUUCCAUGAGCGAUACCAAUAUCACAUCUCACAUUGCAUCGCGCUUUCACAGCCAUCUACCCAUUACCACCUUAUCGUCGCAAGGCUACAUCUCCGUGAAUACAUACACAUCAUCUGCCAAGGGUCCAAAUGGCGGAAAGGAGGGAAGCGCUAUGGGCGCUGCAGAAGAGCUUGCGAGCCGAAUGUGGACGAGACUGGGAAGUAGGCAAGAAAACCAGGCUGCUGUCUUCCUUGGCGAGUCUGGCACAGGCAAGACCACAAUAAGGUCCCACCUGCUCUCGUCCCUCCUCCAAUAUUCCUCCACUCCCUUAUCCAAGAAGCUGUCUUUCGCCGCCUUCGUCUUCGACACCCUCACCACUACCAAGUCGGUCACAACACCAACUGCAUCAAAGGCUGGCUUGUUCUUCGAACUGCAGUAUGACACCACGUCCUCAUUACACCCCACGCUUAUUGGCGGCAAAGUGCUGGAUCACAGACUGGAACGAAGCCGUGUGGCCUCCGUUCCCCCCGGCGAGCGAAAUUUCCACGUCCUGUACUACCUCCUUGCCGGUACUUCGCCAGCAGAGAAGGAGCACCUCGGCCUAGAGCUGGGAUCUCAUUCUGGAGUGGCCAACAGAACCUCCAUGGGAAGCAGCGCGAAGCGAUGGCGCUAUCUGGGUCAUCCAUCCCAGCUGAAGGUCGGCAUCAAUGAUGCCGAGGGAUUCCAGCACUUCAAGACCGCACUGAGGAAGCUUGAAUUCCCUAGGGAGGAGAUUGCACAUCUUUGCGAGAUUCUGGCCGCCAUCUUGCACAUUGGUCAGCUCGAGUUCAUGACAUCUCAGGCAACCACACCAGCUCCCGAUGAGAGUGGCGGCUACGGCGCAGAAGGUGGCGAGGAGAUUACAGUGGUCAAGAACAAGGAAACUUUGGCUGCAGUCGCGGCCUUCUUGGGAGUCAGCGACAAGGUGCUUGAACAGUCACUGGGAUACCGCACCAAGAUUCUUCACCGCGAACGUGUCACAAUCAUGUUGGAUCCGAAGGGCGCCCGCGAAAACGCCGACGAGCUUGCCCGAACGCUGUACAGUCUUCUGGUUGCUCUUGUCAUGGAGAAAAUAAACCAGAAGACCUGCGCGAUCGAGGAGUCGGUUGCCAACACGAUUGCCAUCGUGGACUUCCCAGGUUUCGCGCAGACCUCUUCUACGGGCAGCGUGCUUGAUCAGCUGCUCAACAAUGCGGCCAACGAAUCCUUGUACAACUUCUGUCUGCAAAGCUUCUUCGAACGGAAAGCCGAUCUCUUGGAGACGGAAGAAGUGCAAGUUCCAGCCACAAGCUACUUUGAUAAUGUAGAUGCCGUCAAGGGUCUGCUCAAGUCCGGCAACGGUUUGCUCAGUAUACUGGAUGAUCAAAUGAGACGCGGUCGGACAGAUCUGCAGCUGCUGGAGUCGCUGCGCAAGCGUUUCGAAGGGAAGAACCCAGCCAUUGAGGUCGGAAGCUCGACUAUUACCCUGCCUGGCAACAACUUCGCAACCCCCAAUGCUUCAGCGGGCUUCACCGUGAAGCACUUUGCUGGUGAAGUGGAGUACCCCGUCGGAGGCCUUCUCGAGGAGAAUGGCGAAGUCAUCUCGGGCGACCUGAUGAACCUUGUUAACUCCUCGACGAGUCCCUUCGUAGCCGAGCUUUUCGGUCAGGAAGCGCUCAACAAGGUCGUGCAUCCAAGGGACCGCAACGCCGUAACCCAGGCUUCAGUGGCAUCGAAACCAUCUCGCAUGCCCAGCAUGGCAAAGCGAAAAGGCGGACGCCCUCAAAGACCGCAGCGCGGUGUCUUCGAUGACGACGCAGACAAGAGCAGCGACGAGGGAACGAAGAGCUUUUCUCGUCUCCCCAAACCUGGCCUCGAUGCGCAGCAAGGAGCCGCCGCGCAAUUCCUCUCAUCCUUGGAGAACAUCACCAAAUCACUCACCGCAUCCAACACCAACUCGUAUUUCUUCUUCUGUUUGAAGCCGAAUGACAGACGUAUCGCAAACCAAUUCGACAGCAAAUGCGUCCGCACCCAGAUUCAGACUCUUGGAAUCGCUGAAAUUUGCCAGCGACUCAAGAAUGCCGACUUCAGCAUAUUUAUGCCUUUCGGUGAAUUCCUCGGUACUGCCGAGGGCGAAGUAUCUGUCGUGGGCACCGAGAGGGAGAAAUCCGAGAUGAUAUUGGAUGACAAGAACUGGCCAAGUAAUGAAGCCAGGGUCGGAAGCACAGGUGUGUUCCUGAGCGAGCGAUGCUGGCGACAGAUCACAAGUGCUCCUGAGCUAGGAGAAAUUCCAGUUCCACUCGGCGAUGAUGGAUACGGUAAUUCUGGUAUGCUGACGCCAAUUGAUGCGAAGAGAGCAUUUGGCGACUCAAAAGUUCAGCUUUUGCAGACUCCAGGAUCGGGAUACCUCGACGACAAGGCCGCUGGAUAUUUUGGAAGCAGAGACCUCGAUGCUAAGAGUGAGGCUGGUGCUUCAGCUUUCCGUGAAGGCGACAUGUUCCGCAACCUCGAAACCCGGUCCCAAAUGCUCGAGAAAGGGAACGAAAUCAAGGCUGCCGCGAUCGAAGAGAAGCCACUAUCUGGCAGCCGUGUCAGAUGGCUGAUCCUCGUGUACGUUCUCACUUGGUGGGUCCCCGAUUUCGCUAUCAGGUAUAUCGGUCGUAUGCCUAGAAAGGAUGUCCGUAUGGCCUGGAGAGAAAAGCUGGCCAUCAAUCUGAUCAUUUGGCUCUCUUGUGCAUUUGUGGUCUUCUUCAUGGUUGGCUUUCCUCGGAUCAUCUGCCCCACACAGCACGUCUACAGUCUGGAAGAGCUCUCGUCGUAUAACGGCAAAAAUGGCAAGACGGCCUACAUUGCUAUCCGUGGGGUUGUCUUCGACCUCAGCGCUUUCAUACCCACUCACUACCCUUCGAUCGUACCGGCCUCCGCUCUCAAGAAAUACGCCGGAACAGAUUCGACCAAUCUCUUUCCUGUACAGGUAUCUGCCAUGUGUCAGGGCCGCAACGAAUCUGGUAUCGAUCCCGCCGUGCAGCUAAGCUACGUGACAUACAACUACAGCGGUUCCACAAAUGCGAUUAGUGCCACGGACAACAAUGCGCAGUACCAUGACUUCCGAUGGGCUACAAAUGAUUCUCGACCGGCUUGGUUUAUCGAGCAGAUGAUCUUCCUCCAAGGCCACUAUUGGAAGGGCAAUGUCGGCUACUCUCCUCAGUACCUGAAGACCCUGGCGGACAAGUCGAACUACGUAGCCCACAUCAAUGGUCGCGUCUAUGAUUUCACCGACUACAUAGCGGGCGGCCGAGCUCCCCAGUAUCCUCCAGGCGUCGACAGACCCAGCACUCCGCCCAACUCGAACUUCAUGGAUGACACGGUGGUCGAUCUGUUCCAGCAGCGAUCCGGACAAGACGUCACAAAGUACUGGGAGGCCUUGAAGCUGGAUGCGGGUCUCCGAGCACGUAUGCAGACGUGCAUGGAUAAUCUCUUCUACGUGGGCAACGUGGACACUCGAAGCAGUCCGCAGUGCCAGUUCGCCAAGUACAUCUUGCUUGCAAUUUCGCUGCUACUGGUAUCUGUGAUAUGCUUCAAGUUUUUGGCUGCCCUGCAAUUCGGAAAGAAGAAUGUGCCCGAAAACCUCGACAAGUUUAUUAUCUGCACGGUCCCGGCCUACACGGAAGACGAAGACUCGCUUCGACGUGCAAUAGAUUCUGCAGCUCGAAUGCGGUACGAUGAUAAGCGCAAACUACUCUUCGUCGUUUGCGAUGGCAUGAUCAUCGGUCAGGGCAACGACCGCCCCACACCUCGCAUCGUUCUCGACAUUCUGGGCGUUCCUGAGACCAUCGACCCCGAGCCGCUCAGCUUUGAGUCUCUUGGAGAGGGUCUCAAGCAACACAAUAUGGGCAAGGUCUACUCCGGACUUUACGAAGCGCAAGGCCAUAUCGUGCCAUUCAUUGUCAUCGUCAAGGUUGGCAAGCCGUCUGAGGUAUCAAGACCUGGUAACCGAGGCAAGCGCGACUCCCAGAUGAUUCUGAUGCGCUUCCUGAACCGUGUCCACUACAACAUGCCCAUGACGCCGCUCGAGCUGGAGAUGCACCAUCAGAUUCGGAACGUGAUCGGAGUGAAUCCGACCUUCUACGAAUUCUUGCUGCAAAUCGAUGCAGAUACAGUCGUGGCUCCCGAUUCAGCGACGCGCUUCGUCUCGGCGUUUGUGAACGACACCAAGCUCAUCGCUGUCUGCGGUGAGACAGCACUUACCAACGCGAAGGCAUCCAUGAUCACCAUGAUGCAAGUCUACGAAUACUACAUUUCACACAAUCUCACCAAGGCCUUCGAAUCUCUCUUCGGAUCCGUAACUUGUCUGCCAGGUUGUUUCUCGAUGUACCGAAUCCGUGCUGCGGAAACUGGAAAGCCACUCUUCGUCUCUCGCGAGAUCGUGAAUGACUACUCCGAAGUUCGCGUCGACACACUCCACAUGAAGAACCUUCUGCACCUUGGAGAGGACAGAUAUCUGACGACUCUGCUUAUGAAGUACCACUCCAAGUACAAGACGAAGUAUAUCAUGCGUGCUCAUGCCUGGACGAUCGCACCUGACAGCUGGGCUGUGUUCAUGUCGCAACGUCGACGAUGGAUCAACUCUACCGUGCACAACUUGAUCGAGGUCAUCCCGCUCUCACAACUCUGCGGUUUCUGCUGUUUCAGUAUGAGAUUCGUCGUUUUCCUGGAUCUGCUCUCGACCAUUGUCCAGCCGGUCAUCGUCGGCUACAUUAUCUAUCUGAUUGUGGAGGUGGCGAGAAACCCAAGUACUGUUCCGAUCACCGCUUUCAUUCUCCUGGGUGCCAUCUACGGUCUCCAAGCGAUCAUUUUCAUCUUGCGCCGCAAAUGGGAAAUGGUGGGCUGGAUGAUCAUCUACAUGCUUGCUACCCCAGUCUUCUCCUUCUUUCUGCCACUUAUUGCGUUCUGGCACAUGGACGACUUCUCUUGGGGUAACACACGUAUGGUCACUGGCGAGAAAGGAAAGCAGGUCAUUGUUAGCGACGAAGGCAAGUUCGACCCAGACAGCAUUCCCAAGAAGAAGUGGGAAGAGUACCAGGCCGAGCUAUGGGAUGCACAGACACAACGGGACGACACUCGCUCCGAGAUCUCUGGCAUCAGCUAUGCUACCAAGAGCUGGCAUCCUGCUGCGUCUGAAUAUGGUUACCAGCAGGCCACGCAUCAUAUGAGCCAACUCACUGUGCCACAGAUGUAUUCCAAUGCAUCGCGCAUGUCGCUGGCAUACUCUGAUAAUGGCAUGGGCAUGGGCAAGGGCAUGCCACGGGCGCUCUCUGCAACUGAUAUCGACAUGGCGGAUCUCCCUAGUGAUGAUGCCAUCCUGGCCGAGAUCCGACAGAUCCUCAGCACUGCGGAUCUCAUGAGUGUUACGAAGAAGAGCAUCAAGGCAGAAUUGGAGAGGAGGUUCGGUGUCAGCAUGGAUGCCAAACGCCAGUACAUUGGCAGCGCGACUGAGGCCAUUCUCAGUGGACAACUAUAAUUGCAUUGUCUUGUCUAGCAAGCAAGAGUGGCGGCGUUUAUCACGAACGUACUUGCAUGAUUUGACUUUUGUGGAAUCUGAGAUGAUCGCAUUUACUGGAGUGGGAUAUAUGGGAAGGGGAAAGGUGGUUUGAAAGGCGCAAACGAAAACUGCUCAUCAGUAAUGCAAAUGACUACAUCAACCAGAGAUGAACUGCGGCUACUAUUGUUAGUGUGUGUGUGUGUGUGUGUGUGUGUGUGUGGAAAAGGAAAAAAAGUGAGAAGAGGACGUCAUGUCAUGUACAGCAAACAAAAAAUCAUCAAACGAAUAGUAGUAAUCUUUCUUCAGAAGAAAGCCUUUUCCAUCGCCGUGCUUCUUCCUUCAAUACCUUCAUCACCUCGCCAAAAACCCUCCAUCCACAGGCAUAUUCACCCCCGUCAUCCACUGCGCAUCAUCACUCGCCAAAAACACAUACGCCUUCGCAACAUCCUCCGGCCUCCCCAUGCCGCGAAACGGAUGCAAAGCCUCCACCUGCCCCCUCACCCCCUCAUCCCCAAAAAUCACAUCCGUCAUAUGCGUCGCCACAUACCCGGGAUUCACCGCAUUCACAUGCACCCUCCACGGCGCACAAUCCAACGCCGCCGCUCGCGUCAAAUUCGCCACGGCACCUUUCGAUGUACAGUAUGCCGGUGCGGAAGCCGUCCCCACGAGGCCGUAGACUGACGCGGCGUUUAAUAUCCAGCCUCUAUCGCCGCUUGCCAGCGGGGUUUGGGUGAUCAUUUGCGCGGAGGCGAAUUUCGUGCCGUAAAAGACUCCGUGGACGUUGGCGUUUAUUGUUUGCUGGUAGGUUUCGAUGGGGGUUUCCCAGAUGGGUGCUGGAGUGCGGGAUUCGAGGGCGAAGCCGGCGUUGUUGACCUGUGUGUGUGUGUGUUUUUUUUUUAGUAUAUGUGUUUAGGGAAAGAAAAAAAAUAAAUAAAUCUCUUGAUUUUGGUGUUUGGGAUUGGGGAAUUUACCAUGAUAUCCAACCUCCCAAACUCCUGCACGGCAGUUUUGAUCAAAGCUUGCAUUUGAUCGGGAUCUGUGACGUCUGUUUUUACGAAAAUCGCUUUGCCGCCGCGGGAGUUGAUUCUUUCGUGUGUUGGGCCAUUCAUUUCGUCUUCGGGGGGUGAGUCGGUGCGCCAACUGCCUUCUUGCAGGUCGGAACAGACGAUUUUUGCGCCUUCGGAUGACAUGGCGAAGGCUGUUGCUCGGCCUAUGCCGGAGGAGGAGCCGGUUAUGAUGGCUAUGCGGUCUUGGAGGCGGCCGGGCAUGGUGAUGGGUUGGUUUGCUGAGGUAUGUUUGCUGUUUCU